AUGAAGAGCGCGCAGAAGCUACUCGCCGCGCCUUUGUUGGCAGCUGGUACUCUUGCACAGUUUGUACCUGCGCCCACGGAUUUGAUCACCAAGGAGGGGUAUGCCAACAUCAGCGUACGAUACAAGGAGGUACCUACGGGUAUCUGCGAGCUUGAUCCAAAUGUGAAGAGCUACAGUGGAUAUGCGGAUAUUGCGGAGGAUCAGCACGUCUUCUGGUGGUUCUUUGAGUCGCGCAACCAGGAUCCCUCGGAGGCGCCAUUGACAGUGUGGAUCAACGGAGGCCCAGGCUCCAGCUCAAUGAUCGGUCUCUUCCAAGAACUGGGACCAUGCGGUAUUGGACCAGAUCUGAAACCGUUCAACAACCCGUACUCGUGGAGCAAUGCAAGCAACAUGCUGUUCAUCGAUCAGCCUACCGAUGUUGGCUUCUCCUACUCCAUUCCUAUCCCAGGCUACUCAGACGGUAGCACCAUCGUCCAGCUGCCAAACGCGACUUGCCCAGACUACGCGCAGACUUACGGAACAUGCGGAACAUACUCCAAGCCAGACCAUACUUUGACUGCCAACAGCACAGAAGGUGCGGCGCCAGGCAUGUGGAAGACACUGCAAGGUUUCAUGGGUGCGUUCCCGCAGUACUCGCGCAACGGCUUCAGCUUCACAACUGAGAGCUAUGGAGGCCACUACGGACCCGUUUUUAAUGCCUACUUCCUCGAGCAGAACGCAAAGAACAUCUCGGGCGCACACAAGAUCGAGCUGGAGAAUGUGCUUAUUGGAAACGGAUGGUUCGAUCCUCUUGUCCAGUACCAGGCUUACUACAACUACUCUGUUUACCCUGGCAAUACCUAUGACUACGACCCGUACAACGACACGGUCAAAGCUGAGUGGUACAACAACAUGUACGGCCCAGGUAACUGCUACGACCGAACCGUGCAAUGCUACGAGACUGGAAUCAACUCGGUGUGUGCCAGCGCGGAUGAUUUCUGCUACUCCAAGGUCGAGAAUCUCUACGAUAUCUACAGUGGACGUGACGAGUACGACAUGAGGGAACUGACGCCAGACCCAUUCCCCUACGGAUACUUCGCCGAUUACCUGAAUUUGCCAGAUGUGCAAAAGGCGAUCGGUGCAUUCCAGAACUUCUCUCAGAGUUCCAGCACGGUCUCUGCUGCGUUUGGCAACACGGGUGACGAUGACCGUCCAUCAGGUACCAUUGCGGCUUGCCAGGAGCUGCUCGAUGCGGGCGUUCAGGUUAUGUUGUACUAUGGUGAUGCGGAUUACAACUGCAACUGGCUCGGCGGACAAGUUGUGGCUGACAUGAUCAAUGCGACGGGCUACUCGGAGGCUGGAUUCACCAAUAUCACCACCAGCGACGGCAUUGUCCAUGGCCAGGUCAAGCAGGCGGGUCUCUUCUCUUUCCUUCGCAUCUACGAGUCUGGUCACGAGGUACCCUUCUACCAGCCUCUUGCGUCGCUAGAGAUCUUCGAGCGUGCGCUGAAGCAGGUUGAUAUUGCGACGGGUAAGGAGAAGUGUGAUGCCGACUAUCUGACUGUGGGCACACCGACCAGUGAUUACAGGGAGGGUAAUGCUACGAUCCAGUUCGAGGUAUUGCCAGCAAAUGCGACUUACAACACGGCGCUCAAUGGACCGGACCCUGAGCCUACUUGGGCAGCAGAUGCAGAGGUUGCGAAGAGGGCACUGAGGAAGCGCGAUAUUGGAAGGUUGGGAAGGCCGAUCAAGUCGAGGGGCGGAAAGAGGCCUGCUUGA